UAACGCGGAAAGAAUAGAAGUUCGUGUUUUAUUUCACUGGUUGUGCGCCAUUUUGUACGUUAAACCUAUUAUUUCACGUUUUAUUGGGGCAUUUUGCAUCAAGAAAAAUCUCCAACUCUCCUCGCUUAAGUGGCGAAAGUUAACUAGAAGAUCAGAAGAAACGAACCGACUUUCUGAGGAAAAGAUUUCUGCAUACCAGCACUUUCAAUACAUGCGGCAUCCAAGAGUUGAUACGAAUCAAGACAAAAAGAACAACAGAGCUUGAAAGCCAAAAGCUUCGACGUCAAGUUCAAGGAAACUUCUUCCAGCAAAUCCGGAUAGAGCUGUUUUGCCAGUGGAAAGUACCCAUUACCGGAAUUUGAUGUUUUAAAAGGGUUUGUUUUGCUAAGAAGCCAACUCUGUCCUCGACCCGUGACACCAGCUAAGAAAUUCGCUUGCGAAGAACAUUGUGCUGAAUGCGUCUAUUUCGUUGAAAUCAUUUGAUUGGAUAUUGGAGAAGGAAUGUCACAAAACCAAGAUUACAAAUGGUUUUUGAACGCACAGCGAGUGGUAAUCUACGUGGCACUUCUUAAUUUCCUUUCAACUUUUACAUGAUCAAUAACCUAUUUUUUUUUUCUCUUUUAAUUCCUAAAAAAAAAAACAUUCGGCUUUAUCAGUUGAAUGAAGGAAUGAAGGACAAUCUAGGAAAAGAACAACAGAUCUUGGGAGCAAAAACGGUGACCGAACUAAACUGUGGUGCGUUUUUCAUUCAAGGGACAUUCAACGCCACUAAGUACGAGAUCGCAAGCCAAGAGGAGAAAUUUCAGCUCAAACACAUUUCGGGACACGUUUGCUUUCACCUUUCCCGAACGCCCUACCAGCCGAAAGAACUCCGUCAUGGCUGCGAAAAUUCCUCCCCUGGCUUGGAAUUUACGAUCCAACUCUCCUUGGAGCACGCGUCAUUGCAUUGCGUUUGUUGCAAGGAUAUUUAUGGCAAGCGAACUGCAGUUUGGGCCAGCGUCAACAAAUGUCAACCAUUCGUUUUGGAGUCGUUCUCUCCUGGUCAAUGGAAGUCCGUCAAAAUGCCCCUUGUAUCUCUACUUUUGGAGCUGGAACAAACGAAAGUCCCUUACACACUUUUUAUCAACUUUUCAAGAACUGCUGGCGAGAUUAACGCACGGAUGCAAUUCACUAAUUUGUACGUCAAUCAGUUGAACUGCGACGUUACAUUCCAUUUCGACACAGCCGAAGAAGACGAGCAAAUCGGCUCUCAUGUUGCUAUUUUGUCAGCCAGGAGUUCCGUCUUCGCUGCCAUGUUCCAGAGCGGACUGCGAGAAGCGAGCACGAGAAAAAUUUGCAUCAGAGAUAUCAAACCAGAUAUUUUUAAACAAUUGCUCCAUUACAUUUACUCGGGUCGAACAUCGACUGAAUUGUCCGAGGAAAUUGCCCAGCCUUUAUUUGUUGCAGCCGAUAUGUACGACAUUGGCGACCUCAAAGACGAAUGCAUCCAGUUCUUGUUAUCUUGCAUCACAUUAGAGAACGCUCUUAAUUUUAUGGCGUGGGCGCACAUUUAUUCAAUCGAUUCUCUUAAAGAUGCGGCACUCACUUUCGUGGGAUCACAUGGAAAAGAAAUAUGCAAACAGGAUGACUGGGAGAGACUAACCAAGAUUCAUCCAGAUCUUUGUUUGAUGGCCACUCGACUCAUGUUAAAAUACAGUCUAUGUUAACACAUUAUCUAUAUCUUGAAUUUUAAAUCACGUUUCUAAUGGGGGUAUUUAAAUCGUCAAAGGAAUCAAACAUCAUUUAAAGCUUGUAUCUGUUUCAGUAAAAACCAAAUCACAUUUCAUGCUAUAACUCCUCAAAUUUCCAAUUUUAAGAAUGUCAAUGCCGUUAAACAAUUUAGCACAUUUAAUAUUACA